AUGACUUCUACCAGUAACACCACCCCAACUUACAUCCUCUACGGCGCCGCUCGAAGCUCCUGCUCCUGGCGAGUCCGUUCAAUGCUCGAACACAAGCGCCUAAAGUACGAGUACCGGCCAAUUUCGCUGUACAGCGGCGAGCAGCACUCGGCGGCCUUCAAGGCGGUGAACCCGGCGGAAACCGUUCCCGCUCUGAUUGUGGAAACCAUCACGUCAUCUACGGACGGCGGCGGCGGCACCCGGAAAUCCACGCACACCCUCUUUGAAUCGCUGGCCAUCAUCGACUAUUUGGACAGAGCCCACCCAGAAAACUCCGUCUACCCA